AGUUAAUUUUCGUUUAAGCAAGUAGGUUCUGGUUUGUCUUUUUAAUAUUUGUUUUAAAUAUAAAAACGUGAAUUUAAAUUUUUUUACUUUUGCAAAAAAAUAAAUAAUGUACCAACUAACACAACUGAAGACAUAUGUUCAAUAAACUGCCAGCAAGUUUUACCGGCACUAUAUUUUGGCAGUAAAAUAAAAAAUUCCAAUUACCACCAGUUAAAGUUCAACUCCUGACAACUUGGCUCCUUCACGUUCGAUUAUUUUUUUUAAGACGGCUAACUUGGUUUUUGAAUGAGUUAUGCUGUAAAUCGGUUGCUAGCAAAGGAAAAUUCAGAACCUUAGAAAAUUGACGUAAGCUGGAUCUAGCUUGGACCAUUUUUAUAAUUUAAGAACAUAGUGAUAAAAAUCUCAAGACUUCUGGCAGUGCAGUUUACUGAGUGAUGGCCUGGCUUCCCUGUUUCGGUUCACUACGACCUACUUAUGCAUGUCUGGUGUCAUCGUUAUUAUUACUGCUAACUGAUUUGUGCAUGUCAGAAAUCAUCUCCCCUCCGCACUUGGUAUAUUCAACAACCAGCAGAAUUGCAGCCAGCAAUUUUACAUACUUCAAAUUACAUAAAACCGGAAGGAUUAAAAUUGUGUUGAACUCUAUUGAUGGCGACGCUGACUUGUACAUUUCCAGCUCAACACUCUACCCCACUUACAACAGUUAUGAAUUAAAAUCAGCCACUUGUGGUGAAGAUGUCGCAGAAAUUUUAUCAGAUAUGAAAAGACCUUUAGGCAUUGGGGUGUUUGGACAUCCACUCAUUGAUGAAACAACGUUCGAACUGCAAGUGUUCGCUUAUGAUGAUGAGGGUGAUAACGAGGCAGGCGAUCUUGCCGAUAACGGUGAAGAUGGUAAAAAAGAUUCAGUGCUUUGGACUAUAUUCGUUAACAUUCUCAAAAUCAUCAUAGAUGUUUUAGUAUAGUUUUAAUGUUAUGUUCAUUUUUCACACAUUAAGUUGUAGCUUAUUUUAAAGUUAUUCAUAACUUUUUAACAACAAUUUAAAUAAAGCAAAUCCCUUAAAUUUUAACAUUUGACAGCUAAUUAAAUUAGGUGAGUGCCUUUUAUAUAUUUGUUGACUAAAUGUUAAUUUGUCAUGCAUUGUAUAUAAUAAUACACAUGGACUCCAUCGAGAAUUUGCAUUGUACAUAGCAAAAUGUUAGAUGAAAUGUUCAAACAAUUGACAUAGUGUUAUUCAGACGGCAAAAUUGUCAAUUGCAUAGUACAAAAACUCAACUGUGACAUUAAAAAUAUGUUCAAAAAUUGUUAUCACUACUACGUUUUUCAAGUAUUUCAUCCUAUUCGUCCAACAUCUCCAGUCGAAGCAUGGUGAUGAUGGUGUUUUGCUUUGUGUCGUGUUGAUUGGGCUAUUAGGGAUGACGCCGAUCCAUGCAAGAAAUUUUCUGUUCAAUUUUUUCAUAUUAAUUAAGAGCUUAAUAAAAUUAAAUUGAUGUGUAAAUAAAUAUUUUUAUUUAUUUUUAUGAAUAAAAU